GUAUUGGCUACGUGGGUGGUAAGUGUAUUUUGGCGAUACUUUGACGAUACUUUGACUAUAUCCCUAAAAUAUUCGAGUUAUCGAAAUAGGUGGUGUUUGAGGCUGUAACAUUUGUUUAGGUAAGUAUGUGUUUAAUGGUGUUUUAUUUUUUCACUAGCUACCAGCAACCUACAUCGGUAUUGUUGUAACUAAGUUUUGUAUCCACUUUAAUUAACAUUAACCAUUUUAACUAAUACAUUGUGACAUGCCGUCAUACACUACUUUGUUUGCAUUAGUUACAUUGCAGUUUUGAAGGUUUCAGUACAUAUAACUAAACAUUGUCUUUGUUUGUCACCUUCACAGGGACAAUGGCGACUUUAGAGGACAGUCUGAAGACAAUAGUGAGAACCUUCAGGCGAGAAUGCCACCGGGUUCUUGAGUCAGAGAGGACUACCAUCCACGGGGCAGAUGGAAUGUUGAUGGUUCUACAGCUGGCCAUUGCAGAGGUCAAUAAACAGGUAAAACUGGUAGCAGUUAUAAGCUAUGAAUCCCUUACUGUGGGCAGUGGCCUACAGCAGUUUCGCGAGGCCCCUACAAGACUGAGAAAGCCCCCCCAAAGUAGUUAAUUUUUUGUGGGGGGGAUCUGUUAACUUCCUAGAAUUAUACACAUUUUGCCAUGAGGCUAAGAGAAAAUGUUGCAGUUUAACAGCUAAUUUCCUGUAAUUCAUAACAUUUUUUAAGUGUCUUGUAACAGGGGAGGACCAUGUAUAUGCUACAAUAACAGUACUUGUUGCAUUUACAACUUGUCUAAGUCCUAGCAUCUACUGAUUUCAGCUAGUGUAUAGCUGUGGAUUGACUGCAUUGUUUGAAUGUAAUAGUGGCAGUUAAUUUGAGAGAAUUAAUGGAGUCAUUCAUCUAAAGCCAGUUAACAAACAUGCAGUGCAGACAUUUUUCACAUUCAUUAUUUUACACCAUCUUAUCACAGCACUGGCAAUCCAAGGUUGACCAACUCCCUGACCAAAAUGGCUGAUCUUUAUUCCAUCAGAAGAAGCUUCAUGUCCAUUCUGGUAUUUUAAUUCCUAAUUCUUUUGGGUUGGGGCCUCCCAAGCCUGUGUGGUACGCCAGUGACUGUGGUCCUAACAGACAUUGAUACUGCAAUCAAAGCCAUAACAUUUAAUGUCAUAACUCCAAACGUGUUGUCACUAAGGCAAUGAGUUUAUCUACACCCCUAUUAUAGCCAUUUGGGCCUGGUUUCUCCUGAUCACAUGGUCAGAAAAGACUCCUGACCCUAUAAAGUAAUAAUCACACCAUUUGUCCCACCUUUGUCCCACCAGACUGUAUGGGAGGAUAAUUCUCCAUGAUCUAUGCAUUAUGAUUCCCAUCACAGGCAGCAGUCAUGGCUAUAAGCCAUCUGCUUUUGCUCUCUUCUGACAGGAGAGUGGAGAGUUCAGUGUUGCCCUGAGCGACGUCCUGAUGGCCUGGAAACACUUACUGUUAGACAAACUUCACCUGCCCCUUCACGUUGACUCUCCCCGACCAGAGAACUAUGACAUCAUCAGGAAAGAAUACGACUCCUUUCUGAAGCGCACCAACACUAUGGACCUGAUUGAUAUCCACUCUAUGUACAAACAGCUGAGGGUUGAUCCGGACCCUGAGGAGCCUCUGAACUCAGUGAGUAUUAGGCCUGAUUGAAACUAGGAUGAUGGACCAUGAUUGGACAUUUUAGUCAACUGUUUGAUAUAGUCUCAAAGGCCAGCUCAGCCAGUUAGGCUAACUGCCAAAUCUGUGUUCAUGUUGUUGCCAAGGUCCAGCUGUUUCAGUUUCUGUCCAGUAACAUGGAGACCUAUGAGGUGAGGAAUUCCCUGUCCCAGGUCCCCUCGACCCCAUCAAGCAAGUCAAAGCCAUGCAGCACACAGGUAAACAUACAGUACCAGUCAAAAGUUUGGACACACCUACUCAUUCAAAGGUUUUUCUUUAUUUUUACUGUUUUUUACAUUGUAGAUUAAUAGUGAAGACAUCAAAACUAUGUAAUAACAAAUAUGGAAUCAUGUAGUAACCAAAAAAGUGUUAAACAACUCAAAGUAUAUUUGAGAUUUUUCAAAUAGCCACCCUUUGCCUUGAUGACAGCUUUGAACACUCUUGGCAUUCUCUCAACCUGGAAUGCUUUUCCAACAGUCUUGAAGGAGUUCCCACAUAUGCUGAGCACUUGUUGGCUGCUUUUGCUUCACUCUGCCGUCCGACUCAUCCCAAACCAUCUCAAUUGGGUUGGGGUCGGGUGAUUGUGGAGGCCAGGUCAUCUGAUGCAGCACUCCAUCACUCUCAUUCUUGGUAAAAUAGCCCUUACACAGCCUGGAGGUGUGUUGGGUCAUUGUCCUGUUGAAAAACAAAUGAUAGUCCCACUAAGCCCAAACCAGAUGGGAUGGUGUAUCGCUGCAGAAUGCUGUGGUAGCCAUGCUGGUUAAGUGUGCCUUGAAUUCUAAAUAAAUCACAGACUGUGUUACCAGCAAAGCACCCCCACACCAUGACACCACUUCCUCCAUGCUUUACAGUGGGAGAUACACAUGAGGAGAUAAUCCGUUCACAAAGACACAGCGGUUUGAACCACAAAUCUCCAAUUUGGACUCCAGACCAAAGGACACAUUUCCACCGGUCUAAUGUCCAUUGCUCGUGUUUCUUGGCCCAAGCAGGUCUCUUCUUCUUAUGGGUGUCCUUUUAGUAGUGGUUUCUUUGCAGAAAUUCGACAAUAAAGGCCUGAUUCACACAGUCCCCUCUGAACAGUUGAUGUUGAGAUGUGUCUGUUACUUGAACUCUGUGAAGCAUUUAUUUGGGCUGCAAUUUCUGAGGCUGGUAUCUCUGGGUCUUCCAUUCCUGUGGUGGUCCUCAUGAGAGCCAGUUUCAUCAUAGUGCUUCAUGGUUUUUGCGACUGCACUUGAAGAAACUUUCAAAGUUCUUGACAUUUUCCGUAUUGACUGACCUUCAUGUCUUAAAGUAAUGGACUGUUGUUACUAUUUAGUAAUUUUGGUUGUUCUUGCCAUAAUAUGGACUUGGUAUUUUACCAAAUAGGGCUAUCUUCUGUAAACCCCCCCCUACCUUGUCACGACACAACUGAUUGGCUCAAACGCAUUAAGAAGGGAAAGAAAUUCCACAAAUUAACUUAUAAGAAGGCCCACCUGUUAAUGGAAAUGCAUUCCAGGUGACUACCUCAUGAAGCUGGUUGAGAGAAUGCCAACAGUGUGCAAAGCUGUCAUCAAGGCAAAGGGUGGCUAUUUGACAAAUCUCAAAUAUAUUUGGAUUUUUUAACACUUUUUGGGUUACUACAUGAUUCCAUGUGUUAUUUCAUAUAUUUGAUGUCUUCACUAUUAUUCUACAAUGUAAAAAAUUAAAAAAUAAAGAAAAACCCUUGAAUGAGUAGGUGUGUCCAAACUCUUGACUGGUAGUGUAUGUUCAUACAUGCUUAUGACAUAUCAGCAUUAUACUGGUCAGCAUAAUGUAAGCAAACUGACUCUCCAUUCUCUCCACUCACAUAAGAGAAGGUGGUUUGGCCAGAAUAUUAAAUGUUACAUUGGCUCAUAUCAUUGUGCAACCGAGGUACUUUCUUUCACUGUUCGCUCUCGUUUUCCCAGUCAGUCUGGCAAGCCUUUCAUUCUCGUUGAGCUUUUCCAGUCUUUCUCAGGCACUGGAAUCUGUCUCGCUCUUAUUAACAGGAACUUUAAAUCAUAUCACUCAGAUUUAAGAGCGAAAUGUGAAUUAAAUUACCAGGCAGAUGUUUUAAAACACAACAGACAUUGUGGGCUAGGACAUGCGCUGCUGCAGCCCAAUCUCUCUCCACCAGGCUGCUGCCCUGUCAACUGUCUGAUUUAUGAGUGGGUAGAAUACAGGUUGCUACUGUAGUACUGCUUGGGGUUGACAAGGUUUAUGAAAUGUUGGUUUGGGUUGAAGAUGGUGUUCUGACUUUUAAAUGGGGCCGUGUGUGUUGUUUGUGGCAUCGGCUGGUGUUUUAAAGGCUGUUGGUAAAUCUCCAAUAGGUAGAAAAGGUGGUGAGGAGGGUCUUCUGCUCCUAUCUGGAUCAGCUGGUCAACUCUAAGAACGACAUGGCCCUAGCGCACACCCUUGACACCCCCAAUAGGUCGCUCGGACGUAAAGCUUUUACUGACCUGAAGCGUGAAGCACGGAAGCAAGAACAUGUCACUCUUCUUGGUAAGAAUGACAAAUUGGCCUCUACUCUUUCCAUGUCUGUUUCUUAUCAUUACACUGACCUAUGGGUUUAGCCAAUGAAUGUUGAUGACAUGACAAUCAUAUGUCUCAUAAUGUUAAUCAUCUAUAUAUUGCAGGCUGUGACAUCCUUUGUUAGAGCAGUCCAGCUGGGAGGAAAGGGCUAUGCCCCCGCUGAGUCUGACCCCCUGAGGAAACAUGUCAAAGGCCUGUCAGACUUUGUCCAUUUCACAGACAACCUGGAGGAGAUACUGGGAGACAACCCUAACCCAAGGUACACAAGAAGCCGAGUACACAACAAGCUGGGUUGUAUUCAUUAGUGCACAUCGUAGCAAAAUGUUUUGAAUUGGAAGGUAAAAAUCAACCUUUCUUGUUGGAUAUGUUCAUGUACUGUAGUCCCUCCUGGUUUAGUCUGUUUUCUUCUGUUUGGUGCCUAAUGAAUACCACACUGACCUGGCAGACUCCCACUCCGCUUACCCUUGUCAUCAAAUCCCACCUGCCCAUUGCUGUGUACAGAUCUGAUUUCCCCCCUAAUGACUUCUGCCCCAGGUUCUCAUGAUAGCAUGUGAAUUAUUAAAAUGUUUUUUUUUUUUUUAAUCGGCUACAUCAAAGUACAAUUGACUAAAAGUCAAAAGAUAAUUUGUUCCUUCCUUGGUUUGAUUACUUAGUUAAAUUAUCAUCAAACUUUAAGAUUUCCUUGAUCAUUCAUGGCCUGUGUAUAAUUGCAGAUUUUCUUCAUCAAGCGUUUGGCAGUGCCACAAACGUGGAGAUUGUUUGGUCAUUCGAUGAAAAUGUGUGGACUGAACUUUGAGGUAAAGCAAUGGGAGAAGUCAUGCUGUGUCACAACAAGGCCUUAUUUCCCCUGAAUUCCAGUAGCAACUACAGAGCUACAUGAUUGACACCUCUUGGCACUCAGAUAUAUAGCUAUGGAGUCCAUGAUAUUGGAUGGAUUGUCCCAGUUCCCCCAUAGCAGGGGCCUUCUGGGUGUUUAUGACUGAGGGUUUUCUCCCUGCUUUGCUGUGGUGCCUCUGAUGGGACACUGGACUGAUCUGAUGCCAGAAUGGCUCUUUCAACAGCCUGCACCCCUACCUCCCCUUUCACACCCUCAGUGGAGUACUGUAUUACCACACACACAAACACCUUCUCUGAAGGGUUCAGGGCCUCUUGUUCAGCUAACAUCUGUUUUCCCAGAUUAUUCUGUUCUGGAGGCUCACUCCCCUCUCAUAAUAUCUGGGUCAGGGAUCCUAGCCUGCUCCUUCUCCACCCCACCUUGCUUCAGUGUUUACACUUGCUGAUCUUUUCAAACACCCCAAUAAUGUUGCAGUCACUUCAUGGUCAGUGAUAAGAGUGACCCCUAGAAAAAGGGAGUGUCAUUAUCCAUUUGGUAAUGACCACAUUCCAAUCUCUGUAGUGCAUCUUUUUACUCGAGGCCGAUAAGUAGAGGGCUGCUUGACUUUUCUUCCUAGUGGAUUAGAUAAUUACAAGCAUUUUAUAUUUUAUUUACACCUGUUUUUCUCAGUAUUGCUGGCGUUCGUCUGGUGACCAGUAUCAGGGCAGCUCUGUUGAAGGGGCGGGCCAGUGGCGACGUUGUGUACGCUGCAGCUGACAAGACCGCCAAGGACCUCAAAGAGAGGAUCUCUCAGAUCCACCUGUCCCACAGACUGCAGUCGGCUAGUCGGACAGGGAUCAGCCCAGCCAGGGUAUGAUACCUUUCUGGGCCAACAGAUCCAACCUCUCUCACCCUACAUGUUCAUGUCAAGGCCCUUUUCGUUUGAUCCCCAUCAACGCCAUCAUCUUAACACUAUAGUGUUUUGUGUAUUUCCCCUUCAGCCCAGAUACCAUGCUAUUAACCACGCCACUGCAUAUGGAGGUCGGGAGACUGUGAAGGUCCUGAUAAUGUUGCUGGAUGAAGAUGCUUUGGCACCGCCCUGCAGGAACAAGGCAGACCUACUCUCUGCGGAUCAGGCUGUCCUCAGUGGGGAGGAGGGGACCUGCAUGCUAACGCUGUUCCGGUGAGCCUCAUCUCACGCGCACACAUGCUAAUCAAAGCUUCAUAUGCUAAUAAUGGAUAUGUUUUCACAGCCUCUCUAACCCCUAAAUCAUAAACAGCUGCUUUCAAUCUCUGAUUGCUUCUGUGUCCUCAGAUCCCCAGAGGUUCCCACUGGCUCCUCUCCAAAACCCCUGCAGCACCGCGUCCAGGAGCGACAAGAUCAACUCAAACCCAAGGUACACACACACACAGCUCGCCUGCCUCCCACCCUCCAAGUAGGACCAGGAGACCCGAAUACGAAACAUCAAAUAAACCAAAUCAAAUGUCCAAACAUUGAAAAAUAAUGUCUUUACGUCCUGUAAUUUCUCCCUGGUAUUGUAUUAUUUAUUUGCUCAGUUGACGCCCCUCAUCUUAUAACUGGCUUCUACACGUUCACAUUUGUACAGCUGUGUUUUUGCUCCCUGCCUUUGACCAGUGUGUUGCUCUGAGUGACUCUGGGGUAUAAAACUACUCCUCUACAAUCGGGGGAUUCAAACCGGCAUCCUCCCAGUGACACGUUUUGUUAUGCUUCUCAACAGGGCUCCACCCUCUUGGUUUGACAAGUAGUCAGUCAAAAGAUGCUCUGCUCUUCUGUUUUGUCAAUCCCUCUGAGGGUUAGCAUGUUUACUGUGGUCUUUGUAUAGGUCCCUAGAUGUUUUCUCUCUUCAUUCAUUAUCAGUAGGGCCAGGAUGAUACCAGUAUCGCAGUAUUUUUUUCCAUGGCAAAAAUGAAAACACGAAGCAGACAACUCAUUGGGCCUUUAAAAAUACAGGUUGCCUGCUAUAGCUUGGAAAAUAAAUAAAUGUUACUCUGGAUGACAUAAUGUUUGUUUCCAACAUUAGGGCCGUUUUCCUAAAGUGAAAUCCGCUUAAUGUUUUGUUUCCUUGCCGCGAUACUAACGAGUAGCGCGAUACUGGUAUCGUCCCGGCCCUAAUUAUCAGGAUGUGUAAACCGAUUGAUAUAACCAACGGAUGUGGAGGGAUUCUCAGUCAGUCGUGUGGUGUUUGCAGCCUGGAAGGCUCUGGGCUUAUAGACAGUUAUAGGAUGGAGUCCUGGUGCUAACUCACUGUGCUCGUCAUUAACAAGUAUACCAUUCCUCAAAAGCACCCAGAGCAAAAGCAAAUACAACCUAGAUGUAGAAACUGCUUACUCAUCUAAAACUGAUGAACAAUGACAGUUUUUGCGAUUUUAAAGGGUCUGGGUUGUUCUCAGUCUCUACAUGGAAUAAACUGCUUGAACCCCUUUUCAAACGUGUGCUAACCACAUUUUGUGGAAAUGGGCUCCUUUAUUUGAUUGCGCUAGCAGAUGUCACUUUAGCUCCCCACAUUCUGGCUGUCUUCCUGUGAGUGCGCUGUAAUGGUCCCUGGGCAGCUCACCGCUUCCUGAACUCGGCAGGCGGAAGCUUUCUGCAUCCACUUCACUUUAAAGAUGCCAUAUCAGUCGCCUAACUCGACUAGUAAGGAAACUUGAAAGGUUAUUGUUUCCUGUUGUCUGCUGAAUGUCUUUAUCCACCUGGACCCCUCUCCAAUAGUUUCAUCAUACGCUGACGUCAGUCAACUGGCACACGUGCAGAUAGUCACAUUUAGUUUCUGCAUUGUGGGUAUUUUUUCCAUGCUUUUGUGUCGGUUUCAGACAGAUUAAACACGGCAAACUUAUCACUCAGCAAAUUAAGUGAUCUUAAUGAUGUAUUGAAUUGCAUCAUUUGGAUGAAUAGUAUGAUACCUUAUUGGUUGAUGUCUCUGUGAUAAUUUGAUCUCGGUAACAAGAUGCCUUUCAAUGCUUUAAAGUAUUUCCUCUUCCCCAUGAAAUCAAAGCUGGCUCAUCAUAAGAAGAGCUACCAUAAGAACACAAUGCGUCUGCCAACUUCUCACCUAAUAUCCUGAUCUUGCAGGUGGGCUACUGGGCUUGUGUGCGCAUUCAAAAACAAACACCAGACCCGAGAACAGAGCAAUUGCUUUUCCUGCUGUUCCUUGAGGUGUCAUCAGGAUGGGCUUACCUUCGCCUGGCCAGGCCAACCAGCUUACCUUAGCCUGGCCAGGCCAACCAGUCUAUAGGGGUUGUCUAAGGACAGCCUCUGAAGCGGUGCCCCCCCCCCCCCCCCCCCAUGUCGUCCUCUCCCUGUAAUAGAACUAGAUACUGCUCUUUCCACCUGCUAUAAUUGCAUUAAGCGUGGACUGCAUGUCAGGAGGACGUCAUGUCAGUCUUCUACCUCCCUGCCUGCGUUAUGUUCUUCCCUGUCUGUCAUUAUUUCUGGCGUUAGCGAGGUGUUUUAUUAGCAUGCAACGAGGGUACGUGUACAUUUCAUGCCUGGUGAUCCGAGGGUUCAUUGUUGUUUUAGGUGCUCUUUUGAGAAGUUCUUUGAAUAGCCUUCGCUCAGGGCUUUGAUUCCCCCCCCCUCUUUCUUUGCUUUGCAGUCCCACCCAGCUUUGCACUGCGUUCUUUUUUCUCCACUGGAUUCCUCCUUCCCUACUGCGGCUCUGCUGAUGGCCAGGAGGGAGAAAUCCUUGAGUCGUGAUAAUCCCCAGCAGGCCUAGAUCAAACGGAUGAUAAAGGAGUGGAUCAGACAGGGCCCGGUUUCCCGAUAGCGAUGGAAUUUAGGCUUACGAGUGUUUUUAACUAUUAAUCUUUCCUACAACGACUGAAUAUGUAACAUGCGUUUCUCAAAACACCACACAGAGAGAAGGGUCGCUAAGUGCAUCGUUGGAGCAUGUGUCUAUACUGAUAGGUUUGAAACGGAGCGCUGCUCUCGGAUCCACUGCUCUCGGAUCCGCUUUCUCGAUUCAAAUCUUUCCUUAACUUUUUAAAGAAUUAUUUCACAAUACUUACAACAGAUCAGUUCCGAUAGAUAUUACCACCUAUGGCUGCAAAUAUUGACGUGGCUUAUUGUAAUGCGUACCCAAUAAAAAUGUAUUUAAACAACUGAUUUGGCACAUUGCGCACAUGAUAAACUACAACAUGAAAUGUAUUGCGAAAUGAAGUAGCAACAUAUUCAAUUGCUUGAACAUAAUAUUAAUAUUUUAAUUCGGUUUUCAUUUGAAGCAUCUUUUUAUACGUGGCUUGUUUGUCAAUUGCAAAGACAUAAACUAUUCAACUUUGGUCUGAAGUUAUUGGUGGCUAUGUUUAGCGGAGAUCUGUGUAUAAAGUGAUGCGGGAGGCAAAAAAGCAUCUGAUGCACUUAGCUGUGCGAGCAUUUUCAAGUGCAACAUUGACGAGGGUUCAAGUAACAGCUCUGAGAUUUAACACUGCUUCUAGGAAGGUUCUAAUGAUGAAUUUAGCCUUACGAUGCUUUUGGGAAACCGGGCCCUGAGCCCUAUACUACAUACGUGGUUUGAGGAGUUAACGGAGGAACUUUGUUCAACUCGGGAUAGCCUAUUCCAGUGGGGAUUGUAGCAUGUAAAUCUUGGUGGGGCAAACUCCCCAAAAAUGUUUUAGAUGCAUGCCAGCAAAGCCACUACACAACACUAAACAAUACAUUAAUUCCGAGUUGGAUGACCUUUCAAAACGUGUUUUCCCUGUCGGAGCUAGUUUUUUUUUCACCAGAGUUCCCAGUUGUCUUGAACUCACUGAAGUCUGAGAUUUCCGAGUUUCCAGUUUUUAACACCGCAGAAGUCAUGCUGGAUUGACAGCAUGGCCAAUGUAUUCAACCUUUUCUGGCCCAUGAUGUUGCAUGUGAAUGUUUAUCCUUUUAAGCUUGGAAAAGAGACCCUUAAACCCAGACUUGGACCACACACCCUCUCCACUGAUUUGCAGGCUAGUGAUUGCUUUGCAACGCUUGCAGUUAGCCAUUGAUUCCUUCCAAACCACUUAUUGUUGAAUUUGCGAUUUCCAACUUGUUGUUGUGUAAUGUUUAUGUACAAUGGCCGAUGAGCACCGAUACAUUUCAUCUAUAUAAUUUAUCUUCAUAUGACAAGAAUUUAAAAGGAUUUGCCAGGAGAUUGUAGACUUGAUUCAUGAUGACUGCUUGUCUAGCUUGCUAGCUAAGGUUUUGAAAGUAUGAUGUUAACAUUUUUAUUUUGUUAUUUAACUAGUUAAGUCAGUUAAGAACAAAUUGUUAUUUACAAUGACGCCAAACCCGGACGACACUGGGCCAAUUGUGCGCUGAUGCCUCAAGCACUGAGUUGCAGUGCCUUAGACCGCUGCGCCACUCGGGAGGCCAAGACCUUGAGCCUUCUUGGAUGGGCACUUCUAAUGUAAAUCUAUGGCAGCACCCAAGGGGCUUCAAUUUUCGAGCUCUCCCCGUAGAUUAUGCGGUGACAUAGUGUCCCCAUGAGUGACAGAACACUGAGCCUACCAUGGCGCAACUCGAGAACAUUACCAACCCCUAUGCGCCGUAUUUUCCGUUGGCUGCCCCACCACCACAGAGAGCACUGAGCUCGCCCGAAACGGCUGCAUUUUGGAGCUGCCUUACUCAAGAAAGCAAAGAGAAUGUUUGGAUGCGGCUUUAUUAACGCAAUUAUUAAUUUUUUUACUUAAUUUUUUUUGCUAAAUAGGUCACCUGCCCUGAAUGACAGGUCGCCACUGGCCAGUUCCACGAAAGUGCUCGCUCACCUUUUAGCGAGGUACAUUUCUAUAGCAACGAAUCCUUCAGAACUAACCUGCUCCCGGGCAGACAAACUCCAUUUAUCCUGAAUGAAGUGUCUGAGCCACAAGUUGAGGACUGAUAAAAAUCAGAUUCCCUCCCUCUCACAAAUAUUGCAUCAUCCCCUUAAUUUGAGGAAGACUAUGGAUUUAAAAAUAUUUGAUCAAAUGUUCGUAAUAAUAAAAAUACAAGUUUAAAAUACAUCACGUUACAGGUAUCCUAGUGGUUAAGAGCAUUGGGCCAGUAACCGAAAGGUCGCUGGUUCGACUCCUCGAGCUGACUAGGUGAAAAAGCUGAGCCUUUGAGCAAGGCACUUAACCCUAAUUGGUCUAAAAUUACACUUCAAUAAUGACAAUGCAUUUGAAACUUCACGCAGAGUAAAACUUGUAUGACGUAAUGCAAUUAUUUUAUCAAUAGGAGUGGGGGGGAAGGGUGCUUGUGCAUUAAUAAGCACACCAAAGACAGCAAAACUAUAUUUAAUAAAAUAAAGUCUGCACUUCAUCAAGCCUAUUUCACACCAUAGCCUGCGGAAUAUGCAAUUACUUUUAUUUCAUUUUGAUUUCGACAAACAUACAAAUGUGGCACUGACUCGCCCAUGGAUUGAGGUUUUGGCAUUGUCUCAAUGAAGAGUUCGGCAUUUGACUAGCCACAUGUGACAUGCACGUGCUGUUACAAGCCUGCUAGCUUCAUCCAUACUGUCAUAGUAUGGAUGAAGCCUGAGAUAGCCAGCAUCAGUUAGCUUCACAUUCUAUCUUUAGAAAACCCUGAGUAGAUCUAGCUUCAAUCAUAGUAUUCCCCUGGGGCUGCUGGGAUUGUGGGCCCUGGAGAUCAGACUCACUACUUUUCUUGGCUGACCUCAGAUCAGUUGUGACAUCAUAAAAAAUUAAAGGUCUACUAGGUUCAGGUUCAUUGUCUAAUGGAAGCUUGGCUGAUAAAUGUUUUUCCUCCAGAACUUGCAGCAAAAGUGUUUUGAUAAACAAGUCUGUUCCUGGAGCGCUAUCAUCCUGUAGGUUCACGCCAACCCUAAUCUAGUGCACCUGACCCUAAUAAUUAGCUGGUUGAUCCAGUUCGUUACAACUGGGGUUGGAGCAAAAACCUAGAGGAGGGUAGCUCUCCAGGAACAGGGUUGGAGAGCCUUGAAUGUUUCUCUCCAUUUGUAGGCCAGAGAGCGAACCAUCCGAUCUCAGUUUGCCUGCACGUACCAGGACGACUCGGCGCUGCCCCUCAACCGCGUGCUGGACUUCCCCAGCACCAACCAGGUUCCCACCUGUGUGCACCCGGCUCUCAAGCGGACCCUCACUACUGUGGAAUCCACCUCUGCUGUCAAGGAGCUGGGCAGAGGUAAAAAUGUCUAGUUGUUACAUCAUUCUCCCUUUCUCACCAGAGACCUGUAACUGCAUGUCCUAGUCUGCAUGCGUGCUGAUGAACUGCUCCAGAUUUCAUCACAUAUAGUCCAGCGUAGCUACAUACACACAAAACAACCCCCCCCCCCCUCUUCAGGGAUUGGCUUCUAUUCCCUCUGACGGCACAGAUUCGGAUCGAUGCCCAGACCCACCUUCCCUGCCCAGUCCCAGAACCCUGCCCAGUCCCAGUCUUGGGACUGGUACUUACGAUCAACCUUUAAAUGAUUCCCCAUUUUAUAAAACCUGGCCGCCCCACAUCUGUAGUAAAAACCUAAAGAACGCACUCUUCUCCCUCCCUCCCUUUCCUUUACUCUUUCUUUCUGUGGGAAUCCAGGCUCCGCUCCAUCGGGUUACAUGACAAAUGUUAACUUUCAGCUCGCUAGAAUAAACACUCUGGCUGUUAAACUGCAGGCUAACGUCAGCAAUUUCAUCAGAGUUUUUUUUUUCUCCCCCUUUCCUUCCUCUCUUGUUAUAUCAUUUUUUUCGACCCUGAUUGUUAAACUCUAUUACCGUUUCCUCUCUCCAGUGGAGGUUGACCCAGAGGCUGGGAGGAAAGAGGCCCAGCGAGGAGGCCUGUCCUGGGGGGUUGCCGCAGCACUGGGGCCCACGAGUGGAAAUGAUGCCCCAAGCAGGAGAGCUGGCGGGGGCAGUCGGAAGACCAACAUCCAGACAGAAGGAAGCAGCAAAGCCUGUAAACGGAAGCUGGUGGAUUGUAGCGAACACUGUGGGUCAGAGAACCAGCCCCCUCUGAAGAAAACCCCUAGCAGUGUAACAUCAACCAAAUUGGCAGGGAAGAAGGGUGAAGCUAAAGCCCCCAGUAAGAAGAAACUGAUUGCCGGACAGUGCAAGCUCACCAGCUUCUUCAGAUUGUAAACUACUCAUUGUAGUGUUGUGUAGAAGGCAGUACUAGUAAUGUCACUUUAUUUCAUCAAUGGUCUGUCUUCUUUGAAGCUGAAUGUUCUGUAAUCAAUUGCACUUGUUUUUCCCCCCAGGGGAGCUUGGCCUAUUUUCAGAGGCUUUUAUUGUAGUCGUAUUUUUAUUGGAUUUUUUGUAUAUUAAAAAAAAAAAAAAAAAAGUUUGCCUCUGUUGUGCUUUCCAGCGAUUGACAGACAUCAUAAUUUUAAAAGAAAGAUCACCAGCUGUAGUGUGUCUGUGGGCGAGUGUAACGCAAUGAUAAAAAAGAGCUGUUGCCCAUGAGGCAAUGUGGAAAGUCUGAGAGUGGUUGAAACCCAAGCAGAUCUGUUUGAUAGCAGAUCAAUUUCGGCUUGGCCUGCAAUUUAUCUCCCUCUAAGACAAAGGGCCCACUGCCAGACACUUAUCCUCUCUGACAUGUAUCUUCACUACUACUAUCAUACAUUUUAUACUGUAUAUCUUAUUUACUUUCACCUGGACAACGUUGAUUUUCCAAAUGGAGCUAUAUUAUGUGACCCAGAAUUGAAGCUUACAAUUGUUUACAGGUUUUUCUAAGCAUUUUAAUAGUUAUUUGAUUUUAUACAUGUUUGUUUUUUUAAACUCUGCCAUAGAGAUUUAAGGAACAAAUAAGGAAAGCAUAUAGAGUUAUGCAGGAGAUUGACAGACGGCAGGGCAGCAGUGUAUGAUCCACCACACUCUUCUUAUCUUUGCCAACAGGGUCGGUACACUCGACCAAUCAUGCAUCGGAGCACUGGAGGGAAUAAAAUUGGAUGAAUUGCAGUGAUUUAAAACAAUAACUGUUUUUAAUGGUGAUAUCAUAACCUUCAACAGCCUUCAGUUUGUCACUUUUUAUAGUCUGAAAUUUCACAAGUCCAGCUGAUAAAACUCUUGUUCCAAGUAAUAAAUAGAACAUGGUGGAAAGUAUCAACACCCUCAUUUAUGGUUUUAAUGUCAGUAUCGUGUAAUCAACAGUCACCCAUUUGACAUGCUGAAUGACAGUGAGCUGGAUCUUUCUAAUGAGAACUAUUGAACAGAUACAGGAACCAUAGAAGGAAAAAGAACAAAAGGAAGUCAUUGGUCGAUACUUACUAUCAAGGUCGUCCUCCCUGCGCUCUACUUUCAGGCUAUUUUCAGUAGGAGCGUGAUCUCUUCCUCUGUCUGGGAGGACAGGAAGGGCUCGGGAGAAAGCUGUGUUCAUGCCACGUCUGGUGUGCCCUUUCAGUCUGAUGUCCUGUGGGACAGAAGGCUAGGUCACUGUCUGGCUGGCUUCCAUCAGAGUGGCUCAGCCAGUCUCUACAUUAGUAUUUUAUUUAUUUAUUUUUUAGUAUACUCUGUCCACUGAAGAUUCUAUUGCACAAUCAGGUCUGGUGAACCAAAGCCGAAGGUUAUCUAGCUUGCAUGAUACAACAAAGAUACAACAAUACACAUGAAAGGGCUAUAGAAUCCAAUGUCCAAAUUAAUGGGACUUUGGGAUGGUGUUUUUCUUUUCCAUUCAUUUGGGAAUGAUGCAUGCCAUUUGCCAGAUGGACAUUUAAGAAGCGGCACAGAUCUUCUGGGUCUCAAACCCCGGCCUACUGGACCUGAUCCAGGCCAUAUGAAACCAGUAUCAGAGGGUCCCCAGUUAUCCAGACAUAUCAUCUGCCCAAGUGGCUUUAUAGCUCCUCUCCUCAUCCCUCUCUCCUGUUCCAUUACAUCAGAGAUAACCAUGUCCAUGACGUGCAUGCCAUACAGCUACUAGACUAACUGAUUCACUCCACAUGCCUGCCAAACCUUUGAUGGAGCACAGACACUAUCGUACAUUUUGCCACUUUGUGAAUCUAAUAAAGAUAAACGCCUGUCCUUUUCAUCUUUGUUUGAUAAUGGCUGACGUUUGAGCGAAUGUAAAAUAUUGGCAUAUGGAACACACUGUAUUGAUGCUGCUACUGAUGAAAAUGAGAGUUAAGAGGAAGAUUGGUAUGAUGAUGAUGGACAUGGAUGAAGGAAGAUACUUACUGAGAGGAUGAAGAUCUUUGUGUUCCCCUCUUCGUCCAGCCCGAGUCCGUUGUCCAGGAUGGGCUCCCGUCUGAACCUCGGGGCAGCCAGAGCGUUGUCGCUCAUCGUGUCUUCGCCUAGUAUGGAACGCAGGCUCUCCUGCUCUGUCCUACCCUCCUCCAGCUUGCCUGUUGGUACAGCUAAGACGGCCAAGCGGGUGCUAAACUCAGAGAACAGCACCAGUGUGAAUACAACAGAGUAUAGGGAGAUCAUGAUUCCUACUACACUAUCUUGGUCCUAACGGCCUUGCGAGGGUCAUUGAGAGUGGACUUCAGUUGCGCUCACCUGUGAUGACUGUUCACUUUCAGUGGCCC